UAUGAAUUUAUAAAAUGUCACUAGAAAUAUUAUUUGUCACAAUUUUCUACGUAUUUACAUUUUUCUAUACCGAUUAUCUAAUAAACUUCCCAUUUUUGCAUAAGUCAUACAAGUAAUUUAUAUAUAAUGUAUCCACAUUCCUACAGGACCAAACACACUGAAACCAAAACUACCAAUGGUUGUUACGGCGCUUACUUUUUGGCUCAAAAAAGUGUAAAAAUAAGAAUUCCGCCAGCGUUGUUGAAAAUAAUUCAAUAUAUUGAUGUAAAUCGAAAACAGUUUAUAAAUGACUUGGACCAGGCUGUAAGAAUUCGAUCUGUCACUACCAAAAUUAAAUAUAUAGAAGAUUGCAAGAAUAUGACGAAAUUUUUAGAAGAUUGGAUGAGAAAACUACAACUGAGAUAUGAAUGUUUCAACAUCGGGUUUUAUGAUAUCGGUGAUAGAAAAGUACCAAUACCUCCAAUUAUUUUGGCUUCUCUAGGAGACGAUCCAAAUAAAUAUACGAUAGCUGUGUAUAUGCAUGCAGAUGUUCCCGAUCCUAAAGAUAAACAUUGGGAAACUGAUCCAUGGACGGUAACUGAAAAAAAUCAUUAUUUCUACGGUAAUGGAGUGGGCUGUGGCAAAGGACCGCUUAUGUGUUGGUUACACGUUAUACAGGCUUUCAAAUUUCACAAGAUGCCGUUACCGGUCAAUUUAAGAUUAAUCAUCGAGAUGAUGCAUCAUCAGAACAAUUUGGGGCUAAAAGGAUUUCUAUCUACGAAAAAACAAGAUUUUUUCAAUACCGUGGAUUAUGUUAUCGAAUGCAAUGGAGAGUGGUUAGGAGAAAAAUGUCCUUGUAUUAUUUAUGGAACUGUUGGUACUUUACACUUUGAAAUGGUAAUCGAAAAAAAUCCAGGAUCCAAAACUGAUAUCAAAGAUGAUAUGAAACAGAUUUUUGAGAAUAUAGUAGACGAUAAAAAUAAUAUAAUUAUACCAAACUUUAGUGACAUGGUUGAACCAAUUUCUCCCGAGGAAGAGCAAAUGUGCGAAAAUAUAAAAGAAUUUAAUAUCGAGGAGAUAAUGGACGCUCUGCCGCCGCAUAAAAAAUCGUUGAGCAAAGUGGAGCUUCUUAUGAGCUUUUGGAGAUCACCUCAAAUAUUUGUUGAUAAAAUUGAAGAGUGUAUAUGCGAAAAGAAAGACACUAACAUAAUUAAAAGACAUUUUAUCUUAAAAAUAGUUCCACAUCAAAUCGUUAGAAUAACCGAAGAAACGUUACAAAAUCACCUGAAGAAUGUCAUAAAGAAGUUGAAUAUUGAAAAUAAAGUUACUUGCAAAUUGUUGGAUUCAACUGAAACUUGGUUAGAGGAUUCGGGAUCACAUAAUUUUCAAGCUGCUAGAAGAGCGAUGAUUCAAAUUUAUAAACAAGAUCCCAAUUUUAUUAGAGAAGACAGAGGUAGAAAAACGGCAGUUAUUUUCGAUGGAAUUUUGCAAAAAAAUAUGGUGAUGGUUCCGUUAUGGUCGAGGGAUUCUAAGCUUGCCGAAGCUAAUGAAAGGAUUUUAUCUAGAUGCUAUUAUGAAGGUACAAAACUGUUGGCAGCUUAUCUCUUUCAACUUGGUACGAAACCUAAAUCAAAACCACCACCACCUUCAUGAUCACUUUGCAUACACCCUUUUGAGUAUUGUAUAUUUUUUACUAUUAUUUCAUCUUUUGGAAUUGAUAUUUAUAUAAUGUUUAUGUAUCUAAGAUAUUCGAUGAAUUGAAUAUAUCAAUGAAAAAA